UUCUUGGGAAUUCCAGGUGUCAGAAAACCCAUAUCAAAUCUGGGUGAGUGCCCCACCUCCACUAGCUCUCUCUCCUCCUUCCUCCUUCCUCCUUCCUCCUACCUCUGAAGGCCAGCUGUUUAAGCUGUCUGUACGGCUGGGGUCCUUACCAAUUUCUUUCCUUUCCUUUCCAUUGAGCAAACUACAAAGCAUUUGGCUUCCCUUCCUUCUAGUUGUUGCUGUUGCAGUUUGAUCGUUUUCGGUCAACGCGAUUCAUUCAUUCGGUCCAAGUCAUAUUUAUGAAUAAUAAAAUUUAGCCUUCUCUGUUCUUGGGUUAGAUUGGCUUUAAGGGACUGAUUCCCCAAUUCCACCACCAAUAAUUUAGUUGAUUUGUUGUUUUGGUAAUUAACGACGAAGAGGAGGCCCACCGCUGGGUUUUGGUGGGCUUCGUCGGAACCAAUAAAAAACCCAUAUAUUGAAGGGGAGGGAGGGGUUGUUCAAGAUCCUUACUUUUGCCUUGUACAAUUUUUUUCUUAAUUUUUUUUCUUGUUGGGGAAGGAACAAGUGGAGACAAUUUCCUCCCAAAACAUCAAAUGUUUGAUGUUUCUCCACCAUUGAAUUUGAGCGUGCUUAUAAAUUUGUAAUGCUACUUUACUUGUUGAUAACUUGCCUCUCCUUUCUCUUUUUCAAGACUCUUCCUCUCAAACCCCUCCCACCAUGGGCUUCUGAGACUCCCUUGUUGUCGCUCUUCUUCUGGAAAGAUUUCUCCUUCUUUGCCCUCUCCAAGUUCACGAAUCAAGGCCUUUCGAUUCUCUUUCGCCCUCGAAUUCCUUCCAGAAUGUCCCUCGUCAGGAGAACUCUAUCCCUUUCUUCUUCCAAAGUUGAGAAUGUUGAUGACACGCCGGAGAUGUCCGUGUUGGACUUGCCGGAAUUGGUGUUGGAAUGCAUUCUCGACAAGCUUCCUCCCGAAGCGCUUUUUCGAAUGACGGGUGUUUGUUCUUCUUUGAGGGAGAGAUGCAGGAGUGAUCACCUUUGGGAGAAGCACAUGAAGAUGAAAUGGGGCAGAGUGAUUGGUCCUGCUGCCUACAGGGAGUGGCAGUGGCAUAUUGCUUCAAAAACCGAUUUGAUUGAUGUGAAGCAGGGAAAGCAGAAGGGCCUCAUGAGAAUUCUAUCUCUUGGUUGGCCUUUCUCAUGGAUUAGAUCCAAGGUUGAUGAUCAUGGCAGCAAGCAGAGGUCUUCCUUGCCAGCUGAUUCCAUCAUGGCUUGGUACCUUGCACUCGAGACUGGCAGGUUCUGGUUCCCUGCUCAAGUCUAUAACCGCGAGAAUGGGCAUGUUGGUUUUGUGUUGUCAUGCUAUGAUGCUGAGCUUAGCUAUGAUCCCCGCACUGACACCUUCCAAGCCAGGUAUCCGCCACACGGGAGGAGAGCGGUUGCGAUUGAGAAGGGUGUGUCGUGGGAAAGGCUUAGAGCACCGCCGGUUGACACUCCGCCUCAUGAUCUUCACGUCUCCGACUGUUUGAAUGAGUUACGGCCUGGUGACCAUAUUGAGAUUCAGUGGAGAAGAAACAAAGAGUUUCCUUAUGGUUGGUGGUAUGGCGUAGUAGGUCACCUCGAAUCAUGUGAUGGAAAUGAAAAUUACUGCCUUUGUCAUAAUAGUGGCACAGUGGUGCUGGAGUUCAACCAGUACACACAUGGUUCAAGGUGGAGAUGCACAAACAUCAGCAGAAGAGAUCAUCGAGAGGAGGGGAAUGAGGCAGAUGGGUUUUAUGGGGGCAUCAGGAAGCUCAGAAGCAAGCAGGAGAUUUCCAUGUGGAAGCUUAUUUGGCCUACCCAAGUCUUGGAAUAGUAUAAUAUUUAUAUGCAACUAUUAAUCCACUUGCAUUACGUGCACAUAAGCAAGUGGAUAUCUGAAGCUACAAGUUUGGCAUCAGAUUCAAUGGCAUUGCCUCCAAUCAUUGUGGAUUGGGGAGGAGGCGGCCGUGGUCUUUAGCUAUUUUGUUCCCAUUUUAUUUUUCUAUUUUUUCGUCGGAUGGAUUCUGAUCCCUGUACAUCGCCUCCAAUUCAUGUAACAUAACUUAUCCCACGGUUUGUAAAAGUGUAGUUGAUCAAUAUUCAAAAUGGUAAUGCAGUUGCAAUUUCUCA